AUGACCUAUCUGUGGACAAUAGYYAUGUCAAUUGAGAUCAUUUCAAAGGAUAAACUUGAUAUCAAGUUGAUGAAUUUUUACCACAAGCCUGGUUUAGUACUACUCGACAGUUUGGUCAAGAGAGUUGAAGCUACCGAUGUUWCAUCGUGUCAGGUUCAUUGUGUYAAUCACCAAUCUUGCUUGUCUGUUAACUUUGGYAAARAGKCGAAYCAAACAUUUUGUGAGUURAACAACUCGACGAGUUUGGCGAAGCCAGUAAAGAUGAGAAGGCGCAGAGGGUUUGACUUUUACGGUCCGGCUGAUCCGUGUUUUUCAAAUCCAUGUCUGAAUGGAGGGACCUGUACAUCCAACCUGGCGGCCCCAGGCUCUUACAAGUGUGACUGUGGCCAUCAAGCCGCUCUCCUUCCCUACGUGAAUGGCCAUUGUGAAAUCGAUAAAGCAAUCAGAAAUAAGAUCACUGGAAAUGAAGUGGUAUUCAAUGGUGUAUUUCAUGUAGGGUAUAAGUCAGCCGGUUAUUGCUGGAAUUACUUUGAUGCUAAGAGAGUUUGUGAAAUGUUUGGAGCUGGCUUGGCAAAUUUGCAGCAGCUAACAGCAGCUUGGAAGAUUGGCUUCGACAUGUGUAGCUUUGGAUGGCUGGUUGAUGGUUCAAUGAGGUUCCCUAUCUUCUAUCAACGUAGCACAUGUGGUUGUGGAUGUGGCUCGCCAAGCAUUAGAGGAAGUCCAAAAUUAAAAGACAAAAUGAAUGGCAAAUUCACUGGCUUUUGUUACAAGGAAACAGACAGGUGCAACGAGGUAGACUGGCACCAACAUGACAAAAAAUGCUACAAGUUUUUCCUGGAUUCCAGUGCUUCCUGGAAUGAUGCAACUGCCACAUGCGCACAAGAAGGUGGUGUGCUUGGAUCGAUGACAUCCAAGGCAAAGCUUCUCUUUGUUAAAGACUUUGUAGAAAGGCAGAAAAACUCACUUGAACAAAUCAUGGUUGGACUUCGAAAGGAUUCAGAGGGAAUAUGGAGGUGGAAUGACGGGAAGUCUGUUGAUUCAUCCUUGUGGAAGAUCACUCAGCCAAGCGGACCAAUAGGAACGGUCGACGUACGAUCAACGUCACUUAAUAACGUACCUGAGAAUUAUAAGCUGCCGUUUGUUUGUCAGAAACGGAUAUUCAGGAAUAAUCUCUUAACAAUUAGAAACGAAGACCGAAUGGGCCUACGGUUCAAUAGCCCACUAGACCAAAGGGAUCCGUGUUUUUCAAAUCCAUGUCUGAAUGGAGGGACCUGUACAUCCAACCUGGCGGCCCCAGGCUCUUACAAGUGUGACUGUGGCCAUCAAGCCGCUCUUUUUCCGUACAUUAAUGACCAUUGUGAAAUCGAAUCAAUUGCAAGUAAACUCACUUCUGGAUAUCGAUUUGUCUACAAUGGUGUGUUUCAUGUAAGGCAUAAGUCAGGCGGUUCUUGCUGGAAUUACUUUGAUGCUAAGAGAGUUUGUGAGAUKUUUGGAGCUGGCUUGGCRAAUAUACAGCAACUUACAGCGGCUUGGAAGAUAGGAUACGACGUGUGCAAUUGGGGUUGGUUGGUCGAUGGUACAUUGAGGUACCCCAUCUUUCGCAAGCGUAUCCACUCCAAUUGUGGACCUGCAAACAUACCAGGCAUUAGAGGAGAUACAAAGCCGAAAGACAAAAUGAUUUCCAAAGCAACUGCUUAUUGCUAUAAGGAAACGGACAGGUGCAACGAGGAGUACUGGUACCAACAUAACAACAAAUGCUACAAGUUCUUUCUGGAUUCCAGAGCUUCCUGGAAUGAUGCAACUGGCAYAUGCGCACAAGAAGGAAGUGUGCUUGGAUUGAUAAAAACCAAGGAAAGRCUCCUCUUUGUGAAAGAUAUUGCUGAAAAACAGAAAAGCUCUCAUGAACAAAUUAUGGUUGGACUUCGCAAGGAUUCAAAAGGAACCUGGAAAUGGAAUGAUGGKACGUUUGUUGAUUCAUCCUUGUGGAACGUUACUCAGCCGAGCGGACCAAUAGGAACGGUCGAUGUACGAUCAACGUCACUUAAUAACGUACCUGAGAAUGAUAAGCUGSCGUUUGUUUGUCAGAAAGACAUUCAGGAAUGACCGCGUAGCUACUGA